CUUUUAUUUAACUAGGCAAGUCAGUUAAGAACAAAAUCUUAUUUUCAAUGACAGCCUAGGAACGGUGGGUUAACUGCCUUGUUCAGGGGCAGAAUGACAGAUGUUUACCUUGUCAGCUUGGGGUUUCAAUCUAGCAAUCUUUCUAGCAACUCUGAACUCAUCAUGAAGGGCUGCAGUGGCUCCCAGGUGUGCGUACCUACACAUGCAGUCAAAGCUGGCCCUAGCCUUUUGAGGGCCCUAAGUGAAAUGUUGUUUUCUCUCACCUUGACAGUGGAGAGAAACACAUCUUGCCAUUAGGCAGAGAGAAGAUUGAGGAUUUUAUUAUAAUUGCAUGCAAUUCUAAUGAUCUAGCCAUGAAGUGGAGAGAAUUUAAAAAAACAUUUACAACUAAUUUCCUAUAAUUCUUAACAUUUUGCUGAAGGGUGGAGAUAAAUGUUUGCAAUAUUUAAUACUAUAGCUGAGUGAGAGUGACAAAAAUAUAUAUGAUUACUACAAGUUUAGAUAGCUGGCUAGACUAAUUUACCAAUAUUAAAAAUGUUAGCUGACAUUGCUAAUUGAGUGACUGUCAGUGACUGACAUAACACUAUUUUGAAAUUGCACCUUGUGUGUAUUCUACUAGUCUAACUCUCAAAAAUAUAUAUCUGCAGGCCUGCAAAGGUUGCCUAUCCCUGCUCUAGCUGGUCAAAGUGGUCUUACCAAGCCCAUCAUUAUCAUAUUUUGCAGUUGAUUCUUAGAAUUGUUUAUUUCAAUAUCUGUUUUGUUUGUUGUAUUUUUGCAUGUACAUUAUGCCACACAAAGAUUAUUAUAAAAAAAAUCUUUGUUCUAAACUAAUCCAAUCUGUUCGUUGGACUUAUUGCAUCUGUUACUGAAAUGGUUGUUCCAGUUUAGAUUGUUUAGUUAGUCUUAUUUAUUCAUCUUUCUAACCCUGGCAGUCAUUCUGAAUCCAGAUUGUGGGUGAAUAAAAGUUCCAGUUGUUGGAGAGCCCCACUCUGGCUGAAUUCUAAUUGGAAUUAAAUAUCACUUUCCAAGCCAGCAUAGGCUGCUCAGCAGCAAAAACGUACCAAAUGCUGGUCACCAGCAAAGACACAGCGAAGACUGGUCACCAAUGAAAACACAGCUUAGGCUGGUCACCAGCAAAAACACAGCUAAGGCUGGGAACAACGAAAACACAGUGAUUGCUGGUCACCACAAAAAACAUAGCGAAUGCACCAGCAACAACACAGCGAAGGCACCGACAGAAACAGAGUGAAGGCACCAGCAACAACAUAGCGAAGGCACCAGCAACAACACAGCGAAGGCACCGGCAGAAAGACAGCGAAGGCACCAGCAACAACACAGCGAAGGCACCGGCAGAAACACAGCGAAGGCACCGGCAGAAACACAGCGAAGGCACCGGCAGAAACACAGCGAAGGCACCAGCAGAAACACAGCGAAGGCACCGGCAGAAACACAGCGAAGGCACCGGCAGAAACACAGCGAAGGCACCGGCAGAAACACAGCGAAGGCACCGGCAGAAACACAGCGAAGGCACCGCAGAAACACAGCGAAGGCACCGGCAGAAACACAGCGAAGGCACCGGCAGAAACACAGCGAAGGCACCAGCAGAAACACAGCGAAGGCACCAGCAGACACACAGCGAAGGCACCAGCAGAAACACAGCGAAGGCACCAGCAGAAACACAGCGAAGGCUAGUCAGCAGCAAAACCAGCAUUAGCCAAAAGCAUACAUGCAUACUGUUGAUCAGCAUGACCAGCCUAUGCUCAUCUAUGAUGUUAUUUUCAUCAGGAAAGUAGCAUUGUUUUAAGUGGCCAUGAAGACCAAACCUCAUAAGGAGAGUGGCUAUUAUCUCUUUCGUCAAUGUCUUUUAUAUAUCUGUUGAAUUCAUCUUUUAUCUUUUUCCUGUGUGCAGUGGCAUGGGAGUUGUAUCCAUCGCUUUCAUCUCUCUUUUCCCUAUGGGGGCUGUGGUGGCAUGGGAGUUGCAUCCAUCGCUUUCAUCUCUCUUUUCCCUAUGGGGGCUGUGGUGGCAUGGGAGUUGCAUCCAUCGCUUUCAUCUCUCUUUUCCCUAUGGGGGCUGUGGUGGCAUGGGAGUUGCAUCCAUCGCUUUCAUCUCUCUUUUCCCUAUGGGGGCUGUGGUGGCAUGGGAGUUGCAUCCAUCGCUUUCAUCUCUCUUUUCCCUAUGGGGGCUGUGGUGGCCUGGGAGGUGUUCCAUCGCUUUCAUCUCUCUUUUCCCUAUGGGGGCUGUGGUGGCAUGGGAGGUGUUCCAUCGCUUUCAUCUCUCUUUUCCCUAUGGGGGCUGUGGUGGCAUGGGAGGUGUUCCAUCUCUCUUUUCCCUAUGGGGGCUGUGGUGGCAUGGCAGUUGCAUCCAUCGCUUUCAUCUCUCUUUUCCCUAUGGGGGCUGUGGUGGCAUGAGAGGUGUUCCAUCGCUCUUUUCCCUAUGGGGGCUGUGGUGGCAUGGGAGGUGCAUCCAUCUCUCUUUUCUCUAUGGGGGCUGGGGUGGCAUGGGAGGUGUUCCAUCGCUCUUUUCCCUAUGGGGGCUGUGGUGGCAUGGGAGGUGUUCCAUCUCUCUUUUCUCUAUGGGGGCUGUGGUGGCAUGGGAGGUGUUCCAUCUCUCUUUUCCCUAUGGGGGCUGUGGUGGCAUGGGAGGUGUUCCAUCUCUCUUUUCCCUAUGGGGGCUGUGGUGGCAUGGGAGGUGUUCCAUCUCUCUUUUCCCUAUGGGGGCUGUGGUGGCAUGGGAGGUGUUCCAUCUCUCUUUUCCCUAUGGGGGCUGUGGUGGCAUGGGAGGUGUUCCAUCUCUCUUUUCUCUAUGGGGGCUGUGGUGGCAUGGGAGGUGUUCCAUCUCUCUUUUCCCUAUGGGGGCUGUGGUGGCAUGGGAGGUGUUCCAUCGCUCUUUUCCCUAUGGGGGCUGUGGUGGCAUGGGAGGUGUUCCAUCUCUCUUUUCCCUAUGGGGGCUGUGGUGGCAUGGGAGGUGUUCCAUCUCUCUUUUCCCUAUGGGGGCUGUGGUGGCAUGGGAGGUGUUCCAUCCGUCCUCUCCUUUAUUCAUCCCAUCUUCCAUUCCAUUCAUUUUCCACCUCUUUGAUAAAUAAAAGCGGGAGAUUCAUCCAUAAUACAUCCCAAGUGUUUUUAAGCUUCUUCCG